CAGGCUGACGGAGGUGAUGAAGGAGCAAAGCUUAAGUGCAGGGAUGUUCUGCUAUUAAAUAUCUUUCCAUUUAGGACGGUGCUUAAUGCAUCUCAGUGACUGGGUUGUCGGGCUUCUGCCAAAGAGCAUGCUAUGACAGUUUUCAGACUGGCAAAGCAAAAUAUCCCAUUCUUUUAGCAUAAAAAAUACAUAUAUGAAUUAAAUUCUUUGGAAUUUUGUUUCCUGGUCCCUGUUGGGAGUGUACAGUGAUAGCUAAUGCARGUUUCAUUUUGAUUUUUGCUGCAGGCAGCUGCAAAUAUUGCAGAUACUCUAGAACAUAUGAAASAUGCGUAGAUGUUCUAACCAUUUCUAUUAGCAUUUUAUGUAACAGUAGAAAAGAUUAUGAUGUACGAAAUAGAGCAGUCGGACAGUUAAGCAUGUUCUUAUUUUCUUGAGAAAUUUAAGGUUGUUGAGUGCAUAUGUAAGGAGGAAGAUGAUGGCUGCUAGGARGAAGGCUUGCUGAUGUGCAACUGGUAACACAGUCCCCUUUGUUUAGAAGCAGGUAUAACGUUAAUCACACAGCAUUUGGAGGAGGUAAGAAAGGGCCUAGCUGGAAUCGAGCCUAUGAAAUACUGCUCAAGCCUUGGAGAGAACAGGAAAAAGAGCCCCAUAGUCCUGUAAGUGGACCAGGUUAUGCUGCAUACAGAGGAAAUCUGAAAACUGUCAUUUUUCUCSCGUGUCUUUUAUUGCUCCUUCUUCUGAAAUACUUUAACAUCUGCCAUUGAUACUAAGGAAGAGAGAUGUUGCCGAAUGCCAGUGGAUGUUUGGAAUACAGCUUUUUCACUAGGUUUGGGGUUUUUUUCUGAACUUGAGUAAYGAGUGGAGAAGCAUCCAAAAAGGGCAAGCUAGGUGUUGGUUUAAAUGUAAGAUCUGUGGGACUUUGUCUUGGACCACAAGCAGCAUUAGCAACAUAAUUAAUUAAAUMAAGUUGCUGUUGGCAUUGCCAGAGGAAAGUCCAAAGCCCAUGACAGAAUUAAGGUGUGAAUGCAGGUUGUAAUUCCUCGAAAUAGACAGAAAUAGCAAGAAAGUUACCUGGGGGAGAAUGGUAGCAAUCAUCUCUACCUGUGUGUUCAACAGCUCCCAGAGCCACCAUGGCAACGUCAUCUGAAGAAGUGUUGCUGAUCGUGAAGAAGGUUCGGCAGAAGAAGCAGGAUGGGGCGCUGUACCUGAUGGCCGAGAGGAUAGCGUGGGCGCCCGAAGGCAAAGACCGAUUCACAGUCAGCCACAUGUAUGCGGACAUCAAAUGCCAGAAAAUCAGUCCUGAAGGUAAAGCUAAAAUUCAGCUUCAGCUAGUGUUGCAUGCAGGGGACACAACCAACUUUCACUUCUCCAAUGAAAGCACAGCAGUGAAGGAACGAGAUGCAGUAAAGGAUCUUCUUCAACAACUGUUGCCCAAAUUCAAAAGGAAAGCUAAUAAAGAACUUGAGGAAAAGAACAGAAUGCUGCAAGAAGAUCCUGUUUUGUUUCAGCUUUAUAAAGACCUUGUUGUGAGCCAAGUAAUCAGUGCUGAAGAGUUCUGGGCCAACCGUUUGAGCCUGAAUGCAGUGGAUAAUUCUGCAGCACCUAGUAAGCAGGAAGUGGGCAUCUCUGCAGCAUUUCUGGCUGAUGUACGGCCUCAAACAGAUGGCUGCAAUGGUCUGAGGUACAAUUUAACUUCAGAUAUCAUUGAAUCCAUAUUUCGAACAUAUCCUGCAGUAAAAAUGAAAUACGCAGAAAAUGUUCCACAUAACAUGACAGAGAGGGAAUUCUGGACACGAUUUUUUCAGUCUCAUUACUUCCAUCGGGAUAGGCUCAACACAGGCUCAAAAGACCUUUUUGCAGAGUGUGCCAAACUGGAUGAAAAAGGGUUAAAAACAAUGGUGUCUCAAGGAGUAAAAAACCCUCUGAUAGAUUUAACAGCUUUGGAAGAUAAAACAUUAGAUGAAGGCUAUGGUGUAGCUUCUGUGGCCUCUACAUCAAAUGCCUCAAAAUCUGCUCGAGAAAGUAGCAAUGCUGCCAUUAUAAAACGCUUUAAUCAUCACAGUGCCAUGGUUCUCGCAGCUGGCCUCAGAAAACAAGAAGCACAAAACGACCAUUGCAGCGAGACCAGCAGUACGGAUGGAAACUCCAGGGAUUCAGAUUUCUUUCAGCCACCCAUGAAAAAGGUGAAACUGCAGGAGGCCAUCGAAUACGAAGAUUUAGCAAAGAAUAAUAGCAUUAAAACUAUUGCACUAAACUUAAAGAAAUCUGAUCGGUAUUAUCAUGGUCCAACUCCAAUUCAAUCACAGCAAUAUGCAACCAGUCAGGAUAUAAUUAAUUCUUUUAAUAGUAUUAGGCAAGAAAUGGAAGCAUAUGUACCCAAACUAACUCAGGUUCUUUCAAGUAGUGAUGCUACUAGCACUAUUGCAGUCCUGUCACCUGGAGGAGCACUUAUGCAGGGUGGAACACAGCAAGCCAUAAACCAGAUGGUGCCAAAUGAUGUUCAGUCUGAACUAAAACACUUGUAUGUGGCAGUAGGGGAACUGCUGCGACACUUCUGGUCCUGCUUUCCAGUUAACACGCCAUUCCUAGAGGAAAAGGUUGUGAAAAUGAGGAGUAACUUGGAAAGAUUUCAGGUUACAAAGCUCUGCCCAUUCCAAGAGAAGAUUCGGAGACAGUAUUUAAGCACAAACUUGAUAAGUCAUAUAGAAGAGAUGCUGCAGACGGCCUACAACAAGUUCCACACGUGGCAGUCCCGGCGUCUGCUGAAGAAGACGUGAAGGUGCAUGCUGUACAGGUUUGAGAGCAAAAUCUGCAAUAGCUAUAGGAACACAACCUAGCACACGUGCAGAUCUCAUAGUUGCUGCAGGAAGACCUGCAAGCUGUGGACUUCUGGAAUGAUGCUAACUGAACUUGCACAUUUUUUGAAAAAAAGAACAGAGUUUAAACUUGAAAACUAGGGAGAAAAACAAGGAGAACCAAAACAGAAGAGCUGAGGCGCAAAAAUAUUUAAAAGACACUGUUUACUGCAGUUACUCAGGAACUGCUUUUGAUUUGCAUAAAGAGCUGCUUUCAGAAAUAAAAAAAAACAACCUUUAAAGAGGGUGUAUUAAUAAAAUCUGUUUUUCUGUCUUUUUUUUUUUUUUUUUUUUUUUAAAGAAGUGUAUGGCACAGGGUAGAAUUGAGAAGUUUUUUUCUUCACUGGAGUCUGACAUUUUAUUGAAUUCUGUUUGUACUUCCUGCAACAAUUUAACCAGGAUAUUUUAAAAUCUAGCCGAAACUGUUUUUGCUUCAAACAUCUGGAGAGAGUCUAGCUGUCAGAAGACAAGCUUCUGCCAUAUGUUUCCCCACCAAUUGGAAGCAAGAGACAUUGCACUGAAAGAUGU